UUGUAUAGUAUUAUUUAACCUAUAAUUUUGUAGAGACAGUGUUUUUUUAUUAUAUUGUUUAUUAGAAGUUUGUAGUUAACAACAAUAUCGAUAUACAUAUAAGUUCUUUUUUAAAAAUAAAUAGCCAAAAUGCCUGAAGAGGAAGAUAUUUCUGCCUCGUCUCGUAUGACAAAUGAUGACUUUAGGAAGUUGUUGAUGACACCUAGAGCGUCAGUGCCAUCGACAACACCAGCUUCUGUACCUGGAACCGUUCGAGAUGCUAGUGCCAAAACGGCACAGACCCCUAUUAUUGGUGGAAGUAAUAGAGCCGAAUUGCGAAGAAAAAAAAAGAGCUUUUAUGCUAAAUUAAAGAAGCAGGAAGAUGACAAAAUGGCAGAAUUAGCAGAAAAGUAUAGAGAUCGGGCAAGAGAGAGGAGAGACGGAACGAAUCAGGAUACGGUCGAAGACCCAAUAACAAAUGCUAGUGCGUAUCGAGCUGUUGCGCCAGAUUUGAAAUCUGGCUUAGAUGCCGCAGAACGUAGAAGACAAAUGAUACAGCAGUCAAAAUUCUUGGGUGGUGACAUGGAACAUACUCACUUGGUGAAAGGUCUCGACUAUGCAUUGUUACAAAAGGUGAGAAGUGAAAUUGAAGCUAAAGAAUACGAACAAGAGCAAGAAAUGGAAAAGCUUGUUAAACCUAAAGAAAAAAUAAAAGAGAAAAAGGAAAUUGAGAAAAAAGAUGACGAAAUGCCAUUUAAAACGAAAAUAGCUCGUAAUAUACAUAAAACAAUUACUAUUAUGAAGUCAAAAAUAAUUGAGAGAAAUGAACUUUUUACACCUGGACGAAUGGCGUAUGUUAUCGAAUUAGAUGAUGAAAAUGCAGAAGUAGAUAUACCAACAACAUUGAUUAGAAGUAAAGCGGAUGUCCCCACAAUUGAGAAUACUCCUACUUUGACAACAAACGACAUAGUUAUUAACAAAUUGGCACAAAUUUUAUCAUAUCUAAGGCAGGGUAACAGACAUGGCAAAAAGGGUAAAAAAAAUAAAGAUGGACGGCCUAGAGUAGAAGAUUUCAAUGAUAUGGAAUUGGCUCCUCAAAGAACAAUACAAGACGACAGUAUUUAUGGUGAUAUCGGUGAUUACGUACCGACGCUCACUAAAUCAGAACCUAAUCAAUUGAAACCUAAAAAAAAGGAACCUUACUUUGACAAGCCUUUACCUGAUAUCACUGAAAAGGAUAAUGCUCCAAGAUUACCAAGUUCAUCUGGAAUACAACCUGCAGUAGUAGCUGUUGCGAAAGUAGCUGCUAUUUCUGAUGCGAUGCAAAGAAAAGGUGCGCUACUUGACAAAUUAGCUGCAGAACCAGAAGGCUAUGCAGAGUGCUAUCCUGGGUUAGAUGAAAUGCAAGAUGCUAUCGACGAUUCGGAUGAUGAAGUUGAUUAUACAAAAAUGGAUUUGGGAAAUAAAAAAGGACCCAUUGGACGUUGGGACUUUGAUACACCAGAAGAAUACAGCGAAUAUAUGAAUAACAAAGAGGCUCUUCCAAAGGCAGCAUUCCAAUACGGAGUUAAGAUGGCUGAUGGCAGAAGAACAAGAAAGUAUAAUAAAGAAAAAAAUGAGAAAGCCGAAUUAGAUCGUGAAUGGCAGAAAAUCCAAAAUAUUAUGAAUAAGAGAAAACCGAUAAGUAACGAUGGGGCACCGGAAUUUAAAAUUCCAAGAUACUAAGUAGUGUGAUCAGCACUAACGAAUCAGCAUAAAUAAAAUUCUGGAAAAACAAUUUUAAUUUAGUACAAUCGGAUUAUUGUUUCUGACAAUUUUUGUAUAUAUAUAUAUG